UGGGAUGGAUGCGCUGAAGAUCGAGGAGAUGGAGAAGAUGCUGAAGGAAGCCCACCUAGAGAAGGCCAGGCUCAUAGAAUCCAGAGAGCGAGAGAGCCAUGCCCGUAGGCAGAUGCUGGAGGAGGAGAGGAGGCGGCGCGAGGAGGCUGAGAAGAGGCUGCAGGACGAGACGGUGCACAGGCAGCAGCUGGUGGACAAGGAGGUGAAGAUGAGGAGCAAGAACUUCUCCCAGGCCCGUCCUAUGACUCGUUACCUGCCCAUCCGCAAGGAGUUUGACCUGCGCUCCCACAUCGAGUCAUCCGGCCACAACGUGGAGACCUCUUACCACGUGAUCCUCACAGACAAGAUGUGUAAGGGUUACCUGGUCAAGAUGGGCGGCAAGAUCAAGUCGUGGAAGAAACGCUGGUUUGUCUUCGACCGCCUCAAAAGGACCUUCUCCUAUUACGUUGACAAGCACGAGACCAAACUGAAAGGAGUCAUUUAUUUCCAGGCCAUUGAAGAGCCCCAAUCCCUCGUUGACCUUUGUGUGAAGACUCACGACAGACUCUACUACAUGGUGGCCUCUGCCCCGGAGGCCAUGAGGAUAUGGAUGGAUGUUAUAGUAACUGGAGCAGAGGGCUACACGCAGUUCAUGAACUAA